CGACGUGGCUUGUGCCAUCUUGGAAGGAAAUCGUACUUGCUGAAAUAGCCACGUUUAUUUCCACUGCCUGGUCUCUGCUUGACCAAACACCCUCAGCAUGGUUUUGCUUGCUGCAGCAAUAUGCAACAAAGCAGGGAAAGCUAUCAUUUCCCGUCAGUUCGUGGAGAUGAGCAGGGCCAGGAUAGAAGGACUCCUGGCAGCAUUUCCCAAACUGAUGGGCACUGGCAAACAACACACAUUUGUCGAGACAGAAAGUGUUAGAUAUGUGUAUCAGCCCAUUGAGAAACUCUACAUGCUAUUAAUCACCACAAAAGCUAGCAACAUCUUAGAAGAUUUAGAAACGCUCCGGCUCUUUGCACGUGUGAUUCCCGAAUACUGCAGGAAUCUGGAUGAGUCUGACAUCGUGGACCAGUCAUUCCCUCUAAUAUUCGCCUUUGAUGAGAUCGUGGCCCUUGGGUACAGGGAAAAUGUUAACCUUGCACAGAUCAAGACCUUCACUGAAAUGGACUCUCAUGAAGAGAAAGUGUUCCUGGCAGUUAGACAGACACAAGAGAAAGAAGCGAAGGAGAACAUGAAGCGUAAGGCUAAAGAGCUCCAGCAGCAGAGAAGGGAGAUGUCACGACAUGGCGGAUCUGGCUCUAACUACCGAGGGUUUGGCAACAGCUCUGUGGGGGGCAGAUCAGACUCAGCCAUCAUCGAGUCUUCUCUGCCAGAACCAACCAAGGCCUCAUACUCAGCACCCAGUAAAUCCACUGGUCCCAAGAAAGGCAUGCAGUUGUUUCCCAAGAAGAAAGAUGAAGACGUUUUCCUCAAACAGCUGGAGUCAGAGGGUCAAAAAGUGGUAUCGGCUAAGUCCUCAAUGCCCAGUGCAGUCGCUAAAGCAUCCACACCACAGGUCAAUCAGGACAGCAUACACAUCCGGGUGGAGGAGAAGAUCAGCGUGUCAGCUGGACGAGAUGGCGGCCUUCAGAACCUAGAGGUGCACGGGCUGAUAACCUUGAAGAUUUCAGAGGACAAGAUGGCCAGAGUGCGCAUAGGGCUCAGUAACAAUGACACAAAGGGUAUCCAGCUUCAGACUCAUCCAAACAUAGACAAAAAAUUGUUUGGCAGUUCCUCUGUGAUAGGACUUAAGAACCCAGAUAAGCCAUUCCCCUUAAAUCAAGACAUUGGUGUCCUGAAGUGGAGGUUUCAGACACAAGACGAAAGCUUCAUGCCUCUCUCAAUAAACUGCUGGCCGUCAGAGGCAGGAAGUGGGUGUGAUGUAAACAUUGAGUAUGAGCUGGAGAAUGAGGACUUGGAGCUGAAUGAUGUGGUCAUCACAAUACCUACACCGUCAGGUGUAGGAGCACCUGUUGUUGGGGAGUGUGAGGGAGAAUACCACCACAACAGCCGUAAGAACAUUCUGGAGUGGACACACCCCGUCAUUGACUCCUCCAACAAAUCCGGCAGUAUGGAAUUCAGUAUGCCUGGCCACCCAGAUGAUUUCUUCCCUGUGUCUGUCAGCUUUGUCUCAAAAAAAUCCUACUGUGAUCUAGAGAUUUUAGGGGUCAAGCAUGUAGAUGAUGACCAGCCUGCCAAGUUUUCAUCAGAAGUUAUUUUCUAUGUUGAUAAAUAUGAAAUCGUCUGAAGGCUAUGUUUAAUAAUGAUCUGUUUAAAAAAAUCUAUCAGAGAAAUGCAAAUGAAGGGAAUAUAUGAUGUGGGUUGGUUCAUUUGUAAUUUAUCUAUUGAAGACAAGGCUGACUGGCCUCUGUGCCUGUCUAGAGCUGACCUACUCUUCAGUCUGCUGUCCAGCAGCUUAGAAUGGGAGCGUAAAUUAUCCAGCCCAGCAGUGAAAUCGUCAUACAGAUGCUUUAUUUAAUAUGUACAUGAAGACUCUCCUGCAGGGGGCAUUAUACCAGUCAUUCUGUUCUGAUUCAAUGAUACAACUAGUCUAUGCAAAUAUUGUCGCUAGAGGUCUUUAGGCUGGACUCCCAACCAGAGUUAUCUGCCCCUAGCUCAGCUACCUAAUUGCCUUGUCCCAAACUUGGGGUUUCAUUCUGUAAUCAUAACACAGAAACUGGAGUCGAGCGAUGCAUGCAUUAGCCUGGUUACCUGUGUUACCUGGUUAGCUGUGUCAAGUUAAAACAUCAGGAAUCCAUUUUAUUAAAAUAUUAAAACACCUUAAAGGGUAGAACUUAAUUAAGAAAUCAUAAAAUUGUGUUGAAGUUCUCUCAUAGGUCAUGGAAUUUAAUUCUUAAAAGAAAUCUUUGAAAAUAUUGAAGUUUUACUAAUUAGGUCAAAGUAGCCUCUAAGUUUAUGUAGCAGAUUUUCCCAGGUGUUAGGCUAAAGCUUUGAGAAAUAGGAAUACACCCAGGGGCAGAUUCUGGUAAUAGUGAUCUGUUCGCAAAUGUUAGCAUGUUAAGUGUUGAAAAACGAAUCUUAAGUAGGCAAGAAUUAUUAAGAGACUUUAUUCCACGAGGUCAAGAAUAUAAAGCUGUUAAGAAUGGUGCAUCACGUGUCAGUAGAUAGGGCAAGAAAAAGUCUGCAUGCUGUACAUAGACAAAUCUGUCACCCAUCAACAUUGUACAGAAAGGGCAGUGAAAGACAGAGAGGAUGUCAGAGUUGUGUAAAAUACCCCUUCAGAAUUGGACUUUUAUAUUUAUGACUUGUAAAUAUGACAUUGAAAUUUCUAUAGUAAGAUAUUUUGUUGCGGUCAUCCUGUUGAAGGAUUUGUAGUAGCUCCAUUCGUGUACAGCACACAGUAAAGCAUCCUGUAACUGUACUGUUCAUACAGCAAGUGCCCCCUUCAUCGAUAUGUAUUAUACAGGUAUACAUCGUUCUCAUUUAAAUGUUGCUGUCAGUUGGCGAUCAUAGUGCUGGGAACAAGUUCAUACUAGGAUAUGAUGUGGGUAAAGAAAAUGUUUAUCCAGCUAACACACAUAAAUAAACCAGUGUUAUCUGGGGGUUAUCGGCUAGCCUCACAAAUCUGAUUACCACACCUGACAUUCAGCAGAUUUGUGUGGUAUGUAUAAUUCCUGUUAUCUGGGCGUUAUCGACUACCCUCACAAACCAGGUUACAACACCUGACAUUGAGAGGAAAGUAUUUUGUUCAUUGAGCUUUACUGCCAAAAAUCACUUUGGUCAGUGUAUGUAUACAUAUGAAAUAUAUAAAGUGUUAGACAAAACA